CCCCCCCUCUGAGGCCCUAUCCUCCUCCCCUCGAGGUGGGGACCCACCAGGAUGAGCAAACUGCCCGGGGAGCUGGCCCGAGACCUGGAACGCAGCCUGCCAGCCGUGGCCUCCCUUGGCUCGUCACUGUCCCACAGCCAGAGCUUCUCCUCACACUUCCUGCCCCCACCCCCCGAGAAGCGCCGGGCCAUCUCAGAUGUCCGCCGCACCUUCUGCCUUUUUGUCACCUUUGACCUACUCUUCAUCUCUCUCCUGUGGAUCAUCGAGCUGAAUACCAACACAGGCAUCCGGAAGAACUUGGAGCAGGAGAUCAUCCACUACCAGUUUAAAACCUCCUUCUUUGACAUCUUUGUCCUGGCCUUCUUCCGCUUCUCAGGGCUGCUUCUGGGCUAUGCUGUGCUGCGGCUCCGGCACUGGUGGGUGAUUGCGGUCACUACACUGGUGUCCAGUGCCUUCCUCAUCGUCAAGGUCAUCCUCUCCGAGCUGCUCACCAAAGGGGCAUUCGGCUACCUGCUGCCCAUCGUCUCCUUUGUCCUUGCCUGGCUGGAGACCUGGUUCCUUGACUUUAAAGUCCUGCCCCAGGAGGCUGAGGAGGAGCGAUGGUACCUUGCUGCCCAGGCUGCAGUUGCCCGAGGACCCCCUCUCUUCUCUGGUGCUCUAUCGGAGGGCCAAUUCUAUUCACCUCCAGAAUCCUUUGCAGGGUCUGACAAUGAAUCAGAUGAAGAAGUUACUGGGAAGAAAAGCUUCUCUGCCCAGGAGCGGGAGUACAUCCGCCAGGGGAAGGAGGCCAUGGCGGUGGUGGACCAGAUCUUGGCCCAGGAGGAGAACUGGAAGUUUGAGAAGAAUAAUGAAUAUGGCGAUGCUGUGUACACCAUUGAGGUUCCCUUUCACGGCAAGACGUUCAUCCUGAAGACCUUCCUGCCCUGCCCAGCAGAGCUGGUGUAUCAGGAGGUGAUCCUGCAGCCUGAGAGGAUGGUGCUGUGGAACAAAACAGUGACCGCCUGCCAGAUCCUGCAGCGAGUAGAAGACAACACCCUCAUCUCUUAUGACGUGUCUGCAGGAGCUGCAGGUGGUGUGGUGUCCCCCAGGGACUUUGUGAACGCCCGACGCAUUGAGCGCCGCAGAGACCGUUACCUGUCAUCUGGCAUUGCCACCACCCACUGCGCCAAGCCCCCGACACACAAAUAUGUCAGGGGGGAGAAUGGACCUGGGGGCUUCAUCGUGCUUAAAUCAGCCAGUAACCCCCGAGUCUGCACCUUCAUCUGGAUCCUCAACACAGAUCUCAAGGGCCGCCUGCCCCGGUACCUCAUCCACCAAAGCCUUGCAGCCACCAUGUUUGAAUUUGCCUUUCACCUACGGCAGCGCAUCGGGGAGCUGGGGGCCCGGGCGUGACCACACAUCUGGCCUACCCUGCAGGCCAGGGUCCUGCCACCACAGCCUCCAGAACCAGAAAGGGCACCAGACAGUUGGGCUUCUUGUCCACAGAGGCCCUGGCCUCACACAGU